AGCCUGACACGGGGCUUGAUCACAUGACCCGAAGAUCAUGGUCUGGGCUGAAACCAAGAGUCAGAUGCUCACCUGACUGAGCAACCCAGGCCACCCCUCAAUGGAUUUUAUUCUUGUUUCCAUUUUCUUAUGAACAAUGUUGCAAUGAAGAAAUAAAUGUCUGUGUCCUAAUGAAUUGGGGCCUAGAACGUCCUUUCCCAUCUUAAGCCUAUAGAAGCACGCAUGGAUAGGCUUUUCUAGCACCCUCCCAGCUUUGUGUGUGUGUUUCCAGAUCUUCAGUAUGUCUGAAAUUUCCAUCUUUCUAUCAUCGUACAGAAUCUAUAUCCCUUCUUCCUCACAAAAGCUCCGUGUGCGGGGAUUUGGGCCUUGGCUCUACGGAUCGUGUGUAUUUCUAUCUGUUGAGCAUCUGCCGUGGUGUCGGGCCCUCUGCUAGGAACCAAGACCCAGAGAUGAGCAAGGCUCCAGAGGGUCCUGGUCAUCAGGGAGCUCACAGCCUGGGGAGGAAGAUGAAUGAUGAACAGAAACGAAAACCAUCGAAACAAAUAGGCAGAAAUCGCUGGCAGGAGUGGUGUGCUAUGAGGAGAGUAAUUCAGUGCAGGUGACUCAAAGGAUCCCUCUCUGGGGAGGAAGGAGAUCUCCAAGCAGGAUGUGAAGUUUGUGAAGUCAGUUGUGUGAGGGUCUGGGCGAGCGCAAUCCAGGCAGAGGGAACAGCAUGGGAGGGGUGCAGAGGCACGGGCACAAGACUCUUCCUCUCUGGAGCCCAUUCUGAUCCCUCCACCCCUCCUCAUGCAGAGGGCUGGGUGUCGGUCCCCUUUGUCAACAUUUGUUACCCAGGUCCUUCUCCUCCUCACUUAGUUUGCUAUUGUAUAAGUAUUCGACAAUGAGAUGAUUCGCAGAACUCCUGUCACUGAUUCCUGGACGUGCUCAGCUCUGUGAGCCUUCCUCAGCAGCCUCGGAUGUUUCUGAAACAUUUAAUUUCCAAAGUGAACCAAACUGAAAUUGGUUUAACAGCGCCUGGCACAGUAUAUGGCACUUAAUAGGUACCGUCGUCCCUGUUUUAUAGAUGAAGAAACCAAGGCUCAGAGAAGGUAACCGUUCCAGCAGGCACAGGCAGGAUUUGAACCCAGUUCUGUCUUAUUCCAGCGUCCACAUUCUUCAGGGAGCCCUAAGUUAAACUGCACCUGUGUGAAAGCUACCAGGACUACAGGGGGUCGAUAGUGCCUCCGGCCAGCCCUGUCCCAACCUGACCCAACCUUGGCGUGGGUGACCUUGGCCCUUGGUCUGCUGGUGUCAGAGGAGUGGAAGGAACCAGGGAGACUUUUAUGUUUUUGUUUUAAAUUCCAAAAGUCAUACAUGCUUGUGGAAGAGAAAAAAAGAAGAAAAGAAAAGAAGACAAAGAAAAGUAGCAAAUGAAAAUACCCUCUUCUCCUACUCUGCAAGGUGUCCACCCUUCACAGUUUUGCAUCUUUGACAGUGCCCGUCCAAACACACACACACACACACACACACACAACUGUUUUUAUAAAAAUGGGAUCACAUCCUUGACUUUUUCUCCCAACCAUUCCCAAGUCAGCACCUGCAGACCUUCCUCAUUCCAUCAUAUUCCACAGAAUGGCUACAUUUUAAUCUAUUUACCCCUAGACAUUGAGCCUGGCCCUCCUGGCCCUCGGUCUUGUCUGUAACGAGCAACAUCUGUGGGCAUGCACCGUGCACACCAGAACGGGGGUGUCUGUAGGACGGAUGCUGCUCAGGAGUCUGAUUGCCAGAUGAAAUGGCAUGCAACGUUCCCAUGUUGACAGGUGCUGCCAGGCUGCCUUCCAGAAGCCUUUCCAGCUCAAUACCUGCUCCCAAGGCAGUGUGCGUGAGAGGCGAAGGCUGCCUCCCCUUCCGCUCUGCGAGACCUGGUGUGGAGACCGCUGCCAGGAGCUCCGCGCACUCAGGCCCAGAUUGGGAUAGGAGAUGGAUUUUGAUAAAAGAGAAUCGCACAGAGGCUGUCGCGGGCGCGUUCUCUCGCUGCCAGGGCUUCUGUGGAAUGAGACUCGGGCUCCUUCUACUUGCAAGACGCUGGUGCAUUGCAGGUGUGUUUCAGCAGAAGUUUGAUGGUGACAGUGCCUACGUGGGGAUGAGUGACGGGAACCCAGAACUGCUAUCGACCAGUCAGACCUACAGCAGCCAGAGCGAGAGCAACGAAGACUAUGAGAUCCCCCCAAUAACACCUCCCAACCUCCCUGAGCCAUCUCUCCUGCACCUGGGGGACCACGAAGCUGGCUACCACUCGCUGUGCCACAGCCUCACGCCCAACGGACUGCUCCCCGCCUACUCCUACCAGGCCAUGGACCUCCCAGCCAUCAUGGUGUCCAACAUGCUGGCCCAGGACAGCCACCUGCUGUCUGGCCAGCUGCCCACGAUCCAGGAGAUGGUCCACUCGGAGGUCGCUGCCUACGACUCCGGCCGGCCGGGGCCCCUGCUGGGCCGCCCGGCGAUGCUGGCCAGCCACAUGAGCGCCCUCAGCCAGUCCCAGCUCAUCUCUCAGAUGGGCAUCCGGAGCGGCAUCGCCCACAGCUCCCCGUCCCCCCCAGGGAGCAAGUCAGCCACGCCCUCCCCCUCCAGUUCAACUCAGGAGGAGGAAUCAGAAGCGCAUUUCAAGAUGUCAGGAGAGAAGAGACCUUCCACCGACCCAGGAAAAAAGACCAAGAACCCAAAGAAGAAGAAGAAGAAGGACCCCAACGAGCCACAGAAGCCCGUGUCGGCCUAUGCGCUCUUCUUCAGAGACACUCAAGCUGCCAUCAAGGGACAGAACCCCAGUGCCACCUUCGGGGAUGUGUCUAAAAUCGUGGCCUCCAUGUGGGACAGCUUGGGAGAGGAGCAGAAGCAGGCUUACAAGAGAAAGACCGAAGCGGCAAAGAAGGAGUAUCUAAAGGCUCUGGCAGCCUACAGGGCGAGCCUUGUCUCCAAGAGCUCCCCAGAGCAGGGUGAGACCAAAGGCACACAGGCGAACCCGCCGGCCAAAAUGCUGCCGCCCAAGCAGCCCAUGUACGCCGUGCCAGGCCUGGCCUCCUUCCUGACGCCGUCGGACCUGCAGGCCUUCCGCAGCGGCGCGUCCCCCGCCAGCCUGGCCCGGACGCUGGGGUCCAAGUCCCUGCUGCCAGGCCUCAGCGCGUCCCCGCCGCCGCCACCCUCCUUCCCACUCAGCCCCCCACUGCACCAGCAGCUGCCACUGCCGCCCCACGCCCAGGGCACCCUCCUCAGUCCGCCUGUUAGCAUGUCUCCGGCCCCCCAGGCUCCGGUCUUGCCCACUCCCAUGGCACUGCAGGUGCAGCUGGCGAUGAGCCCCUCACCUCCAGGGCCACAGGACUUCCCUCACAUCUCCGAGUUCCCCAGCGGCUCGGGACCCCGCUCACCGGGCCCGUCCGACCCCCCGAGCAGCAGCGGCGACUGGCAGAGCAGCUACCCCAGCGCCGAGUGUGGCGUCAGCACGUGCAGGUGGGUCCCCCCGAGCGCCCCACCGCCGACGAGCCGAAGAGGGGGCACAGGCCGCCCAGGGAUGGGGAGAGGCGAGGCCGUGUGGGUCACCGCGGCCCCGCAACCGUGCCUCCUAGGGCCUGGCUGCCCGGCGUCUUCACGAGAAGACGCAGAACAAAGCGAGACCCCAGAAGGACUUGGCGGGUCCGAUGCCAAGGCUCCGCUUGGGAAAGGGGCCCAUCUUCAGUCCGGCUGCACCCCCCGCUGUCCCGGUUUGUUCACGAGGGCUGCCUUGUGA